CCGGCGCGCCAGGCAGCUCGCUGGGCAGCGCCGCGGCCGCGCCGUCGGAGGAGGAGGAGGAGGCGGCGGCGAGGAGGGCGAUGCAGAAGCCGGCCGGCCAGAAGGAGCGCCUCUACAAGCUGCUGGUCAUCGGCGACCUGGGCGUGGGCAAGACCAGCAUCAUCAAGCGCUACGUCCACCAGAACUUCUCGCCGCACUACCGCGCCACCAUCGGCGUGGACUUUGCGCUCAAGGUGCUCAGCUGGGACCCGGAGACGGUGGUGCGGCUGCAGCUGUGGGACAUCGCGGGUCAGGAAAGGUUUGGGAACAUGACGCGAGUCUAUUACCGAGAAGCUAUGGGAGCGUUUAUCGUCUUCGAUGUGACGAGGCCGGCGACCUUUGAAGCGGUCACCAAAUGGAAGGAGGAUUUGGACACUAAGCUGAGUCUCCCCAAUGGCAAACCGGUGCCGGCAGUUCUCUUGGCAAACAAAUGCGACCAGGGCAAAGAGCUGCUGGUGAACAACGGCAUCAAGAUGGAGCAGUUCUGCAAAGAGAAUGGCUUUGUGGGAUGGUUCGAAACCUCAGCAAAGGAAAACAUAAACAUUGACGAAGCUUCCAGGUGCUUGGUGAAACACAUCAUUGCUAGCGAGAGCGACCCAAUGCAGCCCGUUGAACCCGAUGUUGUCAAACCGCACUUGAAUUCCUCCAAGCUCGUCAGCUGCUCAGCUUGCUAUAAGUCCUAAGUAACUUCCAAGCUGUUUGUGGACACUGGAACUGAGCAAAUAACUCACAAGAGAAAAGCGUCUCCACGGCAUGUAGCCCAGCCUUUGCUACUCCAGAACACGAAGCCAAGAUCAUGCGGUUGAAAAAUAUAUAUAUAUCAAAGUUGUUGUUUUAAAUUCUUUGGAUGGUUUGCAUUGUAGGGUCCUCCACAAAUGUUUGAUAUUCACAGUCUGGGCUAUUUCUCUGAAUCAUCACCGCUCAGCCAAGGUGCUCUCUUUAAGAAGGCUGAGAUAUUACAUUCAUUGCUUUUUUUGUGAAUACCUGCUUGAGGGAGACUUUAAAAUUUGCUUUCUGGGGAUACAUCACAGUUACAAGCAUACCCACAGAAAGCAAAAUUAUUUUUUAAAAGAGUUGAAUAUUCAUGGCUAUUUUGCAAAAAUAUAUGAUGGAGUUAAAUGCAAUAUUUCUUCUAGGGAUUUUUAGGGGUGGGGGUGGGGGAUAUAUAUAUAUAUACUGCUCUGCAUCUCUGCAGCCCAGUGACAUGAGCUCUAGAUUUUGGCAGUAUUUCCUACUGCUUAGAUGAGUCAUUUGGGAAUCAGAAGUCUGCCUUGGGGACAAGCAGAUGUUUUCAUUACUGUUCUGAGGGUUGGCUCUGCUGCACAUCCCACUCUGCCUGCCUCCUGGUUUAACCAAGAGAGUGACUAAAAUGAAAUUGCAAGUGUGUCUUUUGCUGCAGUUUUUCAUUCGUGCCCUUUCCCCCUUUCAGGUUUCUUUGGGGCACAAAAAUAAACCUUAGGAAUGUACAAUCCCUCUUGCAUCAAACCAGACACCAGCCUUUCUUCUCUCCAAGUGGACAACCAGAUAACUCAGGGAAUCUCGCAAGCAGAAUAUGAGGGACGCUUGUCCUUCUCCUGCUACUAUUCCCCAUGGCUGGCAUCUAGAGCUAUGCUGUCCCGAAUCCUGGUACCAUGCAGCCAACAUAACUAGCAGCCACGGGCAGCUUUGUUCUCCGUGAAUAUAUAUGCACUCAUGCAUAUUGGUAAUCUAUCAAGUGAGGGGGAAACCCCUAGAGUUGGGUCCACAACUCUAGUCAUUCCUAGACUCAGGAGCAGAGCAAAGUGGGUGCAUUGGGGGCGGAGCACCCCAGGUGUCAUCUCCUGGGGGGUGACAUUUGGCGCGGCGGCCGCCGGCAACUCCCGCCUGCCCCAAGCCGUCGUGGGAAGGACGGUAGCUGCACUCCUUUGCCGGCGUCCUCCCCCCCCUUUCCCCUUCGUUUCGACAGACUCGCUGAAGGGAGGCAUGGAAGCAGGGAGGGAGAGGACGGAAAGGAGGCAGGCAAGCUAACUAGCAAAGGAAACCCCCCCCCCCAAAAAAAAAUUCAACAACUUUGGCCAAUCCUUCCCAUAAAAAAGCUCAACAACUCCCGGCAAUGACAAUGGGUAGACCACAGCCAGUCUUUUUAUACUGUGAGUAGAUUGUAGUGUCUUGGGAGUCCAACUAGAUUUCAAUGAGGGGAGGUGACAAUAAAUUUUUCGCAGCGGGUACCACCUGAUCUCACUACGCCAUUGCCUAGACUUAGGGUUGCCAGACUCAAUAGAGGACAGGACUUCUGUGCCUUUAAUUGCCCUGCUCUCUUUUGAGUCUGGAACCCUUAAAGAGAAACCAGCAGACCCUUUGUUUAAUUUCCAAGCAAAGGGCCUGCUGGUUUCUCUUUAAGGUUUCCAGACUCAAAAGAGAGCAGGGCAAUUAAAAGCACAGAAGUCCUGUCCUCUAUUGAGUCUGGCAACCCUACCUAGACUUAAGUGCCAUUGAUUUCACUGGAUCUACUCAGAGCAUCACAAAGUCUGGAUCCAACUCUGUAGGUUCAAAAAUCUGAAAAAGUCCUGACUUUUUGAAGAAAAAUCGGAACAUGGCAGAUCACUUGUACAAGAGUGCCAUUCCUCCAACAAAAUUGGGUCAUUUGUCGCCUCCCUGAAUCUGAAAAGAAAUGUUGCCAAACUCACAUUGAGCCUUUCACAGCUGUUGCAGAGGUUUAUAGUAUGGCAUGCCUGUGCUUGCUCACAGGUGCCCGAAACUUAUUACACAAUGGUGUGAAAAGCUACACCUUCUACACAACCAUUAGAGGAUUGCGAGUUCUACUGUCUUCUUGCUUGUAUGCAGCCCAAAACCAGAUGGACAAGUCCAGCAUUAAAGAACCUUUAGCUCUCCAGAUGUGGCUGGCUUAUGUAUCCAUUAGCUCUGACCAUUGGGGCUGAUGGGACUUGGGAGUCCCAAGAAUAUCUAGAGCAGGUGCAGGGAAUAUGUGCCCCUCCAAAUGUUGCUGAACUGCGACUCCCAACACAACCAGCCAGCAUAACCAAUGGUCAGGGAUGGGGAGAGUUGUAGUUCAACAACAGCUGGAGGGCUACAGAUUCGCUGCCCCUGAUUUAGAGGGUCACGGGUCCUUUUCCAUGGACUAAACAGCCUAUAAAGCACUCUCCAACUUUUAGGAUCCUCUGGUUUUGUUUUUGGAGUUUCAGCCCCGCUGAUUUUAGCAGAAUUUACUCCCAAGCCAGGGUGCCUAUCAGCUGGGUAGCUCAGUUGGUUGGAACAUGGUGCUGAUAGCACCAAGGUUGCAGGUUUGAUCCCCGUAAGAGAAAGCUGCAUGUUCCUGCAUUGCAGUGGGUUGGACUAGAUGAUCAUCAGGGUCCCUUCCAACUCUGAUUCUGUGAUCAGUUGCCUGGAUGAAUUCCAUUUAAAAUUGCAGACUUAAUGUAGUACAUCUCGACUGACUUUUCGCCUGGGGGGGGGGGGGAAAGCAUCCUUCUGGAUUCUCAUGGCACUCUAGGCUUCAGCUGUCACUACCUUCCUGAGAGUAAGCCUCAUUGGACUCCAUGAGAACUUCUGAGUAGACACACAUGCUGCAAAACUAGUCUCAGGCACUGCAGAUCUAUGUAAAUGGCCACUUGGAAGUAAGCUGCAUUUAAUUUAAUGGGAAUUAUUCCCAGGAAAGUGUAUAGCAGGGACAAGGCACCUUAUGUGGUUUGACUCCAACUCCCACAAUAUCCCUGACCGGGAUAUAAUGUUGGCUGAGGCUGAUGGGAGUUGGAGUCCAUCUGCACGCAAGGAGCCGCAGGUUCCCCAUCCCUGCUGGGUGGCAUUGCAACCUUAAUGUUAACCAGGGAUGAUCACACUUGGCUACCUCAACAAGGGCAUGCAGAAAUCCAGGUGUUUUAUUCCCCCCCCCUUAAAAUGUGCUACACAUUUUAAGAACAAGAGUGAUGUAUAUGGUGAGAUUUCAACAGAAGAGCUGUACUGCUAGUAGAACGUGAUCACAAGCCUCAAGAUGCUGUUCUUGAAAUGAAACGCUCCACUUUCUACAUAGGGAAAACUUUUUGUUCCAAAGAAAUAAAGAAUCCACCCCCC